AUGAAGAUGCUCACGUACCUGACCAUCCACCUCCUUGGCUUCAUCAGCCUUGUAGCUGCUCAACUCAACAAUAUCACAACCCCUUCACUCAACCUCACCACGAUUGCUACUUCGAACGGCUCGUCCGUUCUCGAAUGCUGGCAGUUCCCAGGCUUUGCAGCAUCCGCAACACCAGGCGUCUCAGGAGCACUGAACCUCUUCCUUGGCAAUACCUCUAAUGCUUCGUACACUGUGAUCCCUGCACGGUUCAAUGGUGGUGUGCACACUGCGCCCGCUGCUCAACUCGUGUUCUUCGCAUCCGGCCUAGCACACAUCACCCUCCCAAACACAACCAUCACUCCAACGACAGAAGCAUGGAUUCAAGGCGGGAAGUACGGGUUGAUCCUCGCUGCUGAUACGCCAAAUGUCUCCAGAUACGGCCAUAUCACGAUGUAUCCUUCAGAUGCGGAUACCGUUGCAAUGCAGGUGCCGUUUGCGGAUGGCGAGGUUCCUGAUCAUGAAGUGUUGUAUGCUGGGCCGUGUGGGUGGGCGGAGAUGGUUGGGAUUUGA